AUGGACAAGAGACGGCGAGUCUCUAUGCAAGCCAUUUGUGUUCUUCCAGAGCAGGCGCCGGCGGCUGCAUGCGGUCAGCGCGGAGGGCUGCUGUUGGCGAGCCUGAGCCCAGAGAUUUGGAUCUCCGUGGCAUCCUUCCUGGCAAGCUACGAUGCCCAAGGCGACGUGGCCACGCUCACCUGCUCGUCGGCGGUGUUCCACCGGCUGCUUUCAGAUGAGGCCGCUUGGCGAGGAUUCCUCCUUAACAGGUUCCGCGGAGGCGCUGCGGGGGCACUGCCAUUUAACGGCUCCUGGCGAAACACCGUGCUCUGCUCCCAGGGAGGCAGCUGCCCCACGCGCAGCCUUGGCCGGCAAAGCUCGGCCAACUUCCUCUUUGCGGGCCUCCGCCUAGAGCUCUCGCGGGAGCGUUUGCGGCAUCGAAAACACCUACGAGCCCAUGGAAUCCCUUCGCUGCGACGCCAGCUCUGGCGCACGAAAGCGCGGCCGGUGAGUGCGGAAGAGCCCUGCUGGCUUGAUGCGAAGAAGCAGCUUGCCGGUCUCUUCGCCGGCUGGCCUGGAUCUUGGACCGGCCAAGGGCUCGGCCGCCGCUUCGCCGGCCGAAGCUUCGACGUGACGCUGCCUGGUGCCGGUCAGGUCUUCCGGAUGCGGUUGAGGGACUUCCUGCAUUAUGCAGCGAGCAAUGCUGACUUUUUGCCGCCGCGCUGGGAUGCGGAGUCUCUCUAUCUCUUUGACCCCAAGCCGCCCCUGGCUCUGCGAGCGCUGCGGCCGCCGCAGCUCAGCGCUGCGCCCGACUUGGCACGGCAGUGCCGAGGACUGGCAAAAGCCCUGGCGACAGUCACGCGCGGUUGGUUACUUAUUGGAGGUGCUGGCAGCGGCAGCCGAUUUCACAUCGAUGCCUAUGGCUGUGGCGCCUGGAGCGUCUGCUUGGAGGGUCGCAAGCGAUGGGCGCUCUACCCGCCGGGUUCGUUACCGCCAGGAGUGAUCGACAUGGGUCCUGGUCGCUUCGCGUCUCCAUCUCCUGUCUUUUGGUUCUCUGAGGUGUUGCCUUCGCUGCUUCCAGCGCAGCGCCCGCCCAUUGAUUUGGUGACCCAGGCAGGAGAUCUACUUUACAUUCCGCCGGGUUGGUGGCACUGCGUUCUGAACCUGACCACCCCCUGUGUGGCAUUUACGCGGAACGUGGCUUACGGCCUUCGAGCGGCCUCGACCGUGGCAGCAGCCCUGAAUGCCGCAGGGCGGCCGGACGAG